GACAGGAUGUACCUCACCUCAACAUCCUUUCUGUUAUACCAGGACAGGAUGUACCUCACCUCAGGUUCCACUGAGCCUGGUUGUCAGAGGUAUGACGCACAGACUGUCACCAAGAUGGAUGGAUGGCUGCAAUCGCCAGCAAUGUGCCACAAAUGACCCAAUAAAACGGCAUCAGACCAAACUGUAGUGUGAAUCACGAGGAGAGGGGUGACACCUCUCUCUCUCUCUCUCUCUCUCUCUCUCUCUCUCUCUCUCCCCCCCUCCCUCUCCCUCUCCCUCUCCCUCUCUCUCUCUUCUCUCUCUCUCUCUUCUCGCUGAUAGAUUUUUUAUAGGGAUCCAUUUCAGUAAUGUUGGUAAUCAAAGGACAAAGUCAUGAUGAGAUGACAUAAGGUGAGAGAGGAGGAGGAGUUCCAGACUCCAGGGCCGGUGCCAGAACAGUCAGUUGGACGGGCAUUUGAUUUCCAUGGGGGGGGGGGGGGGGGGGGGGGGUUUGUCACGGGACUUACUAUGUGCGUCAUUUUCUAUGGGUUUUAUAGUAAAGACGUCAUUUUACUGUAAAAAUGUAUUACCUUUUAAUGUUGCAUGAACACAACCAGUCAUGAUGUUUUGAUCUGAUUGUCAAACAAAUCACUUAAAAAAAACUAGCUUACCUUCGUACGUUCAUCCAAAAUUAUUCCAGCAUCCGAACAGUACACUGUUGGCACUUGCCAACUUUCCUUCAAUUCACAAACGGCUGAAACUAUCUCACCCGGCGAAAGUAUCAGAGCGAGCGAAACAGCGCCCCUCUGUCUCACUAUGUGUAGCCCAUGCAUCUGAUGCUGUCUGGCCAAAAAGAGAAUGACAUGCCAGACAGCGUCAUAUACAUGGGCUACACAUGCUGAGAAAGAGGGGCGCUGUUUCGCUAACUCGGAUGCUUCAUCUGCGAUUGAUGCACCUUUCUGGCAGUGCGCGUCUCAGUCAAAAAAAAGUAUGAAUACUGAAGUGUUUUAUUUGGACGGGCAAGGAGGUACGGUAGGGUCUGCCUGUAACGCCGUCCCUGGUGCGUGCGUGCCUGCGUGCGUACGUGCGUGCGCUUCUCUCUCGCUGUGUCCUUCAGUGCCUUUAAAGGUUGUCAGUGAAUACUGUUCACAGACGGGGGGGGGGGGGGGGUCAUCAGGCAAUUUAUCACUGGAGAGUUAGUCAUUAUUAACCGUUAUUUAUCACUGGAGAGUUAGUCAUUAUUAACCGUUAUUUAUUUCACUGUGUACCCCAUUAUUACAGCACCACUAGCAUCAGUAAAUGGAACAUUUUUCAAGAGAGCUCUCUGCCGUUUCAGCUAACAACCCCAGUGACAAAUCCCCACCAAUGUCCAAAUAGACCCAUGGUAAAUCUGUUAUAGACCCAUGGUAAAUCUGUUAUAGACCCAUGGUAAAUCUGUUAUAGACCCAUGGUAAAUCUGUUAUAGACCCAUGGUAAAUCUGUUAUAGACCCAUGGUAAAUCUGUUAUAGACCCAUGGUAAAUCUGCUAUUGUCUUAAUGUUUAUGUCUGCACCCCAAAUGAAACCCUAUUCACUAUAGCGCCUUAUGCCUAUUGGGAUGCAUGACGCAAGACUGGAAUGGAAGUCACCUGGGAUAUACACUGAGUGUACAAAACAUUAGGAACACCUGCUUCUUUUCCCCAUGACAUAGUAUAUAUAUAUAUUAUAUUUUCUUCCAUCUGCAGAUGUAUUAUAACACUACGUCCUAGUACAUAACACUACGUCCUAGUACAUAACACUACGUCCUAGUACAUAACACUACGUCCUAGUACAUAACACUACGUCCUAGUACAUAACACUACGUCCUAGUACAUAACACUACGUCCUAGUACAUAACACUACGUCCUAGUACAUAACACUACGUCCUAGUACAUAACACUACGUCCUAGUCACACCCCUGCAGAGUGCGGAUAGUGUCUGUCUGCUAUGGUUAAAGGGAUACUUCGGGACUUUUGGCAAUGAGGCCCUUUAUGUACUUCCCCAUAGUCAGUUGAACUUGUAGAUACUAUUUUAAUGUUUCUGUGUCCAGUAGUGAAGGCAUGCUACACUAUAUAUGUCAAAGUAUGUGGACAAGGGGAGGUGGGGAGGUAGAAUGGUAGAAUGGAGGAAUGCCCUGUGUGGAGGUGGGGAGGUAGAAUGGUAGAAAUCGAGGAAUGCCCUGUGUGGAGGUGGGGAGGUAGAAUGGUAAAAUGGAGGAAUGCCCUGUGUGGAGGUGGGGAGGUAGAAUGGUAGAAUGGAGGAAUGCCCUGUGUGGAGGUGGGGAGGUAGAAUGGUAGAAUGGAGGAAUGCCCUGUGUGGAGGUGGGGAGGUAGAAUGGAGGAAUGCCCUGUGUGGAGGUGGGGAGGUGGAAUGGUAGAAUGGAGGAAUGCCCUGUGUGGAGGUGGGGAGGUAGAAUGGUAGAAUGGAGGAAUGCCCUGUGUGGAGGUGGGGAGGUGGAAUGGUAAAAUGGAGGAAUGCAUUAGCUUGUUUGGUAAAGGACCCUGAAAUUAUUGCUGGUGUCUGUCUGGAAACCUUUGGUAUAUUUCUCAAUAUUGUGUCAUUUUUUUUCUCCCAGCUACCCAUGCAUAGAGUACGCACUGGGCCAAUGGGAUUGGGUAGAUUUCCUGUUAUUUGUGACCUGGUUUCCAAACGGGUAUCCUCACUGACAUGCUCUGUUUCACCAUGGGGAAUGGAAGCCACCAUGCUCUGUUUCACCAUGGGGAAUGGAAGCCACCAUGCUCUGUUUCACCAUGGGGAAUGGAAGCCACCAUGCUCUGUUUCACCAUGGGGAAUGGAAGCCACCAUGCUCUGUUUCACCAUGGGGAAUGGAAGCCACCAUGCUCUGUUUCACCAUGGGGAAUGGAAGCCACCAUGCUCUGUUUCACCAUGGGGAAUGGAAGCCACCAUGCUCUGUUUCACCAUGGGGAAUGGAAGCCACCAUGCUCUGUUUCACCAUGGGGAAUGGAAGCCACCAUGCUCUGUUUCACCAUGGGGAAUGGAAGCCACCAUGCUCUGUUUCACCAUGGGGAAUGGAAGCCACCAUGCUCUGUUUCACCAUGGGGAAUGGAAGCCACCAUGCUCUGUUUUUCACCAUGGGGAAUGGAAGCCACCAUGCUCUGUUUCACCAUGGGGAAUGGAAGCCACAGAGCGCUCUGUUUCACCAUGGGGAAUGGAAGCCACCAUGCUCUGUUUCACCAUGGGGAAUGGAAGCCACCAUGCUCUGUUUCACCAUGGGGAAUGGAAGCCACCAUGCUCUGUUUCACCAUGGGGAAUGGAAGCCACCAUGCUCUGUUUCACCAUGGGGAAUGGAAGCCACCAUGCUCUGUUUCACCAUGGGGAAUGGAAGCCACCAUGCUCUGUUUCACCAUGGGGAAUGGAAGCCACCAUGCUCUGUUUCACCAUGGGGAAUGGAAGCCACCAUGCUCUGUUUCACCAUGGGGAAUGGAAGCCACCAUGCUCUGUUUCACCAUGGGGAAUGGAAGCCACCAUGCUCUGUUUCACCAUGGGGAAUGGAAGCCACCAUGCUCUGUUUCACCAUGGGGAAUGGAAGCCACAGAGCGCUCUGUUUCACCAUGGGGAAUGGAAGCCACCAUGCUCUGUUUCACCAUGGGGAAUGGAAGCCACCAUGCUCUGUUUCACCAUGGGGAAUGGAAGCCACCAUGCUCUGUUUCACCAUGGGGAAUGGAAGCCACCAUGCUCUGUUUCACCAUGGGGAAUGGAAGCCACCAUGCUCUGUUUCACCAUGGGGAAUGGAAGCCACCAUGCUCUGUUUCACCACGGGGAAUGGAAGCCACCAUGCUCUGUUUCACCAUGGGGAAUGGAAGCCACCAUGCUCUGUUUCACCAUGGGGAAUGGAAGCCACCAUGCUCUGUUUCACCAUGGGGAAUGGAAGCCACCAUGCUCUGUUUCACCAUGGGGAAUGGAAGCCACCAUGCUCUGUUUCACCAUGGGGAAUGGAAGCCACCAUGCUCUGUUUCACCAUGGGGAAUGGAAGCCACCAUGCUCUGUUUCACCAUGGGGAAUGGAAGCCACCAUGCUCUGUUUCACCAUGGGGAAUGGAAGCCACCAUGCUCUGUUUCACCAUGGGGAAUGGAAGCCACCAUGCUCUGUUUCACCAUGGGGAAUGGAAGCCACCAUGCUCUGUUUCACCAUGGGGAAUGGAAGCCACCAUGCUCUGUUUCACCAUGGGGAAUGGAAGCCACCAUGCUCUGUUUCACCAUGGGGAAUGGAAGCCACCAUGCUCUGUUUCACCAUGGGGAAUGGAAGCCACCAUGCUCUGUUUCACCAUGGGGAAUGGAAGCCACCAUGCUCUGUUUCACCAUGGGGAAUGGAAGCCACCAUGCUCUGUUUCACCAUGGGGAAUGGAAGCCACCAUGCUCUGUUUCACCAUGGGGAAUGGAAGCCACCAUGCUCUGUUUCACCAUGGGGAAUGGAAGCCACCAUGCUCUGUUUCACCAUGGGGAAUGGAAGCCACAGAGCUUCAAUUGGAUUCCAUGCUGUUAUUUGGGCCAUCUCACUGGCCUAAUGGUCAUUUACCGUACCCGUGUCUCUGCCGUGUGACACUGGGUCGAGAGAUGUGUCGAGGUGUAGCUUAGUGGUUAAGAGCGUAGUCCCCAGUAACCGAAAGGUCGCCGGUUCUAAUCCCUGAGCCGACUAAGUGAAAAAAUCUGUAGAUGUGCCCUUGAGCAAGGAACUUAACCCUAAUUGCUCCUGUAAGUCGCUCUGGAUAAGAGUGUCUGCUAAAUGACUAAAAAUGUAAAAUGAAGGAGGUGAGUAGUGAUGACCGUACCUCCUAUCAGAGCUGAUGACCAUAAUGGGCAGUGCAGCCAUCGCUGCUGGACUCCCAGAACCAAAUCUGCUAUUAAGGCAGUCAAUAGAGAGUGGAUCACCAGAUGGAUGUGCAGUGGCGUACCAUUCCUACCCUAUCUCCACAGGACAGAGAGGGAGCUCCUUCCUAGCCGCACGCUGCUCUGAAGACAGAAGAUACAUUCUCCUAAUGGACCGUUGAUGACUGGGGAAUAUAAGCAGAGAGGCUUUUAUUUAGUGAAGUGGCUUUCUGAACCUAAUAUAUGAAACAGCUCAUUAAAACCUUCAUACUGCCGAUUGGGGUCAUUUUGACCCAAGAAGCAUAUUUCUGAUCAUAGCCAAAAGGCAGCUUAUUGAAUUCUUCAAAAAAUGUUUGACUUUGUCAAUCAACUUGUUAUUAAUACAUCUCAAUCAUUGUUUACUUUUUCUGUAUUAGUAUGGACUUCAAGGCAGGUAGCUUAGUGGUUAAGAGCGUUGUGCCAGUAACCGAAAGGUCGCUGGGUCUAAUCCCCGAGCUGACUAGGUGAAAAAUCUGUCGAUGUGCCCUUGAGCAAGGCACUUAACCCUAAUUGCUCCUGUAAGUCGCUCUGGAUAAGAGCGUCUGCUAAAUGACUAAAAAUGAAUAUAUAUAUAUAUUUUUUAAAGUCCUUCGGGGUAAUUUUGACCCCAGCCAAAAGCACCUAAUUCUGCCUAAAGUAAUUUCAUAGAUAAGACCUUUAUUUGAAUCUAGGUUUCUCUGGAGACUUAAUAACAAGUUAUCCAUAGCACCAGAGGGUGGAAGGAGGACCUGUAUCAGUGAUUUAGACCAGAUAGACAGAUCACCUGGAGAGUUGGAGCACCUUAUGUACUCGUCUAUGGUUAUAACUGGUUAUCACUAGGUAUGACCGUGUACAACAUCUAAAUUACCUUACAAACAUGCGUAGUUGCAGUCAAAACAGCUCAUAAAAGCCUGUCAGUGGAAUUAAUACUUGGUAUAACUGUAAUACAGAAACCAGCUACCCUUUGAAUAGACACAUAGUGCUGUAUUGGUGUGUAUUCUCAGAAAGAUAUUCUAUGGGAAAUGUUAUUGGAGAUAUCCUCCAAUAUUCUAUAUACAACUUGUUAUGGUAUUUGGGUUGCUAUAACAUUAUAUUUUACAUUUUUACAUUUUACAUUUUAGUCAUUUAGCAGACGCUCUUAUCCAGAGCGACUUACAGUUAGUGAGUGCAUUGAAGUGACUUUGAGGUUUUGGGCAGGCUUUUCAAAGCAUCCUGCCAUAGGCCCUACCAAUCCCAUUGUUUCACUAGCAGCGAUGCUAAUGCUAGCUGUGGGGGAAGUAAAUCAAGACAACUAAGCCAUCUAUUUGGUCAGAGUCACUCAGGAUAAAUGGACAAAUCACUUUAUGUCAAUAAAAUUAAGUAUGUCAAUAAAAUAAAGUAUUGUUUCACAUUUUUGUGUACAGUCGUUUUUUUACCACAUAAAUAUGACAAUUAAUAUUUACUUCAAAAUUCUAAAAACUAAAUUAUAUUACAAUCAACUGAUGGUUAAUCAGCUUUUUACUACUAAUGUAGAUUGUACUUGAAAAAAAUAUGUACAUUAUUUAAGGCAUAAUCUAUAUUUAUAUUUUAGUUUUUACAGAACAUGCAAAUGAACUUUAAUAUUACAUUUUUUACAUUUUAGUCAUUUAGCAGACGCUCUUAUCCAGAGCGACUUACAGUUAGCGAAUACAUAUUUUUUUAUACUGGCCCCCCGUGGGAAUCGAACCCACAACCCUGGCGUUGCAAACGCCAUGCUCUAUCAACUGAGCUACAUCCCUGCCGGCCAUUCCGUCCCCUACCCUGGACGACGCUGGGCCAAUUGUGCGCCGCCCAUGAGUCUCCCGGUCGCGGCCGGCUACGACAGAGCCUGGAUUCGAACCAGGAUCUCUAGUGGCACAGUUAGCACUGCAAUGCAGUGCCUUAGACCACUGCGCCAUAUUACUAAAAUAAGUCGCAAUGUAUUCAGACCAGUUGACUUUUUCCAUAUUUUGUUACGUUACAGCCUUAUUCUAAAAUGGAUUAAAUUGUUUUUUCCCCUCAUCAAUCUACACACAAAACCCCAUACUGACGAAGCAAAAACAGGUUUUUAGAAAUGUCUGCAAAUGUAUAAAAAUUUAAACCCUGAUAUAUGACAUUUCCAUAAGUAUUCAGACCCUUUACUCAGUACAUUGUUGAAGCACCUUUGACAGCGUUUACAGCCUGGAGUCUUCUUGGGUAUGACGCUACAAGCUUGGCACACCUGUAUUUGGGGAGUUUCUCCCAUUCUUCUCUGCAGAUCCUCUCAAGCUCUGUCAGUUUGGAUGAUCGGGUUCAAGUCCGGGCUCUGGCUGGGCCACUCAAGGACAUUCAGAGACUUGUCCUGAAGCCACUCCUGCGUUGUCUUGGCUGUGUGCUUAAGGUUGUUGUCCUGUUAGAAGGUGAACCUUUGGCCCAGUCUGAGGUCCUGAGCACUCUGGAGCAGGUUUUCAUCAAGGAUCUCUCUGUACUUUGCUCCGUUCAUCUUUCCCUCGAUCCUGACUAGUCUUCCAGUCCCUGCUGCUGAAAAACAUCCCCACAGCAUGAUGCUGCCACCACCAUCCAGAUGUGACGCUUGGCAUUGGUUUCAUCAGACCAGAGAAUCUUGUUUCUCAUGGUCUGAGAGUCUUUAGGUGCCUUUUGGCAAACUCCAAGCGGGCUGUCAUGUGCCUUUUACUGAGGAGUGGCUUCCGUCUGGCCACUCUACCAUAAAGGCCUGAUUGGUGGAGUGCUGCAGAGACGGUUGUCCUUCUGGAAGGUUCUCCCAUCUCCACAGAGGAACUCUGGAGUUCUGUCAGAGUUUCCAUCAGGUUCUUGGUUACCUCCCUGACCAAGGCCCUUCUCCCCCAAUUGCUCAGUUUAGCUGGGCGGCCAGCUCUAGGAAAUGUCUUGGUGGUUCAAAACUUCUUCCAUUUAAGAAUGAAGGAGGCCACUGUGUUUUUGGGGACCUUCAAUGCUGCAGACAUUUUUUGUACCCUUCCCGAGAUCUGUGCCUCGACACAAUCCUGUCUCGGUGCUCUACGGACAAUUCCUUCGACCUCAUGGCUUGGUUUUUGCUCUGACAUGCACUGUCAACUGUGGGACCUUAUAUAGACAGGUGUGUGCCUUUCCAAAUCAUGUCCAAUGAAUUGAAUUUACCACAGGUGGACUCCAAUCAAGUUUUAGAAACAUCUCAAGGAUGAUCAAUGGAAACAGGAUGCACCUGAGCUCAAUUUCUAAUCUCAUAGCGAAGGGUCUGAAUACUUAUGUAAAUAAGAUAUUUCUGUCUUUUUAUUUUAUACAUUUGCAAACAAUGCUAGAAAUCUGUUGUCACUUUGUCAUUAUGGGGUUUGGUCUGUAGAUUAAUGAGGAUUUUUUUUUAAAUGUCAUACAUUUUAGAAUAAGGCUGUAACGUAACAAAAUGUGGAAAAAGUCAAGGGGUCUGAAUACUUUCUGAAUGCACUGUUUGUUUUGCAAUGAACUGUUGCUUUGUCCAAUAGUUUCUUCUCAGGGUGAAAAUGACCCCAGUUGGCAAUAUGUAAAAUAUGUUGGUAGUACGAGGGUUAAACAUCCCAGCUACAUGACAGUACAGGGUGCUCACCUCAGAGAAUUAAAAGCGAGUUGGCUCCAAAAGUCUCCCGAGUGGCGCAGUGGUCUAAGGCACUGCAUCGCAGUGCUAGCUGUGCCACUAGAGAUCCUGGUUCGAAUCCAGGCUCUGUCGUAGCCGGCUGCGACCGGGAGACCCAUGGGGCGGUGCACAAUUGGCCCAGUGUCGUUCAGGGUAGGGUAGGGGAGGGAAUGGCCGGCAGGGAUGUAGCUCAGUUGGUAGAGCAUGGCGUUUGCAACGCUAGGGUUGUGGGUUCGAUUCCCACGGGGGGCCAGUAUGAAAAAAUAUAAUAAUGUAUGCACUCACUAACUGUAAGUCGCUCUGGAUAAGAGCGUCUGCUAAAUGACGUAAAUGUAAAAUUAGUUUGUCAAGAUGUUUUCAAAAUGGCAGCCGUGGGUAUGUGUGUCAGGAAUGUGUGAGAAAAGUCCACCUUCCCAGCUCAUCUGUUGUGUAGCUACAGCUGUACGUUUCAAUCCAAAAUGAAUGGAAAAGAUAAGCAGCCCCAUGUACUGUAUGUGAAUAUACUUAUGACCGAUUGUGUCGACUGUACUGAUGCUAUACCGCUGCAUGUGAUGUCCAUAAUGGCUCUGCAUUUCUCUAGCUUGGUCCCAGAUCUGUUUAUGCUGUACAGCUAACUCCGACGGUCAUCGUCAUGACAGCACAAAAAAAUACCUCGGACCAGGCUAAACUUCUCCUGCCUUGUAAAACAAAAGAGCCAAUCCAUAGGGUUAAUGCGUGUGGAUGUUUCCUAACCUUCUCCUGUCUGUGGUCUAGGUUACAUGGGAGAUUCCAUGAGCUGGCUCCUCAUCUAGUUCCGCUGGACUACACCAACCAGCCUGACAUCAGACUCCCCCUGGCACUCAUCGUCAGCAUGCCAGAACUAAAGGUAAGUGGUUCUGACGUUCCGUGGUUUUUGUUGUUGUGAUAUUGAUACUCAUUUGUGAGGCUCUGUUAAUGUCAGUUAAGUGUAAAUAUUUAGCUCUUAAAAUGAACUUAAAGUUCAGAGUUAAAUGAUAUAUUCUUCUGAGUUAUCUGACUGGCUGCUAGGCUAUUUUAUACACACCACCUGUAUGUUUUAUGAGCUGGUAAAUCUAAUGUAGAACUAAUCUCUUUAGCCCUCUGUUAUUGUAAGACAUUAAGCUUAACCAGUAAGGUGAUAUGGAGCAGUAGAUAGUUGCUUGGUAACAGUGAGGUGGUAUGGAGCAGUAGAUAGUUGCUUGGUAACAGUGAGAUGAUAUGGAGCAGUAGAUAGUUGCUUGGUAACAGGGAGGUGAUAUGGAGCAGUAGAUAGUUGCUUGGUAACAGUGAGGUGAUAUGGAGCAGUAGAUAGUUGCUUGGUAACAGGGAGGUGAUAUGGAGCAGUAGAUAGUUGCUUGGUAACAGGGAGGUGAUAUAGAGCAGUAGAUAGUUGCUUGGUAACAGGGAGGUGAUACUGUAUGGAGCAGUAGAUAGUUGCUUGGUAACAGUGAGAUGAUACUGUAUGGAGCAGUAGAUAGUUGCUUGGUAACAGGGAGGUGAUAUGGAGCAGUAGAUAGUUGCUUGGUAACAGGGAGGUGAUACUGUAUGGAGCAGUAGAUAGUUGCUUGGUAACAGUGAGGUGAUAUGGAGCAGUAGAUAGUUGCUUGGUAACAGUGAGGUGAUAUGGAGCAGUAGAUAGUUGCUUGGUAACAGGGAGGUGAUAAGGAGCAGUAGAUAGUUGCUUGGUAACAGUGAGGUGAUAUGGAGCAGUAGAUAGUUGCUUGGUAACAGUGAGGUGAAAUGGAGCAGUAGAUAGUUGCUUGGUAACAGUGAGGUGAAAUGGAGCAGUAGAUAGUUGCUUGGUAACAGGGAGGUGAUAUGGAGCAGUAGAUAGUUGCUUGGUAACAGUGAGAUGAUACUGUAUGGAGCAGUAGAUAGUUGCUUGGUAACAGUGAGGUGAUAUGGAGCAGUAGAUAGUUGCUUUGUAACAGGGAGGUGAUAUGGAGCAGUAGAUAGUUGCUUGGUAACAGUGAGGUGAUAUGGAGCAGUAGAUAGUUGCUUGGUAACAGUGAGGUGAUAUGGAGCAGUAGAUAGUUGCUUGGUAACAGGGAGGUGAUAUGGAGCAGUAGAUAGUUGCUUGGUAACAGUGAGGUGAUAUGGAGCAGUAGAUAGUUGCUAGGUAACAGGGAGGUGAUAUGGAGCAGUAGAUAGUUGCUUUGUAACAGUGAGGUGAUACUGUAUGGAGCAGUAGAUAGUUGCUUGGUAACAGUGAGGUGAUACUGUAUGGAGCAGUAGAUAGUUGCUUGCAACAGGGAGGUGAUACUGUAUGGAGCAAGCUUGCUUGGUAACAGUGAGGUGAAAUGGUCCAUUAGAAUAGUUCCUGCUUGGUAACAUGGGAGGUGAUAUGGAGCAAUAAAUAGUUGCUUGGUAAGCAGUGAGAUGAUACUGUAUGGAUCCGUAGAUAGUUGCUUGUAACAGGGAGGUGAUAUGGGAGCAGUAGAUAGUUGCUUGGUAACAGUGAGUGAUAUGUAGGAGGCAGUAUAUAUUUCUUGGUAACAGGGAGGUGAUAUGGAGCAUAGAUAGUUGCUUGGUAAACCGGAGGUGUAUGGGCAGUAGAUCGUUGCUUGUUAACAGGGAGUGAUAUGGAGUGCAGUGAUAGUUGCUUGGUAACAGGGAGGUGAUACGUUUGGAGUGCAGUAGAUAUUGCUUGGUACAGGAGGUGGUAUGAGCAGUAGAUAGUUGCUUGGUAACAGUGAGGUGAUAUGGACAUAAGAUUGGUGGUCUAUUAACAGGGAGGUGAUUGGAAGCAGUGAGGUGAUAUGGAGCAGUAGAUAGUUGCUUGGUAACAGGAGGUGAUAUGGAGCAGUAGAUGUUGCUGGUUAACAUGGUGAGAGCAGUAUUUGCUUAACGAGUUCAUCUGAUGCACUCGUUAAGCAUCUUCCUGUAGUCCUACAGUAUCUCAUGCCAGCCGUACAUACCUAGAUCGUCAAUGAGCCGUAUGCAUAGAAGUGCCUGUAACAGAGGAUCAUGUGCACUACGCGAUCGUGUCAGAGCAGCCGAUAGCGCAUCCAACGUCGCAUCCCAGAUCCGGCCGCAGCGACCACCGAGCCACAGCCCAGCAGUCACGCCACGGCGACAGCCGCCAGUAAGCCAGCCGCACCCAGCACCCACGACACCCAGCCCACCGCAGAUCAAGACGCGGACCCCGCACACCGAGCACCAGCCAGCCCCCAAGCCCCAGCCACACCCAAACGCCAGACCCGUCACCCCGCACCCGCACCCCCAUCCCCCACCCUCCACUCGCAUAACCAGCCUCCAGCACACCCCCAACCAAGACCCGCACACCAAGCCACGCCACCCGCGCCCGCACCUCCCGCCUACCAUCACGCCACCCGCCAACCUCGCACCCCCAUCACCGCAUCCCGACCAGACCCCCAUCGACCAGACCGCCAAUCUACGCACACCCUGCCCACAUCCUCCAUCCUACCAGCCUCGCAUCCCUCCGCCUCACAUCCCUCCUCCAUCCCCAACCCCCAUCCCUCCACACUCCGCACUCUUAACUACCCCUCCCUCAUCUCAUCCCCGCCAGCCACCAGUACACCCAUCCCUCUCCAUCGCACCUCGCAACCAUCAGCAUCCAACAUCAGACCGCCAGCGCCUCACCGCAACCCAGCAAUCCGCCAUCCCAUCAUCCCUCCAUCCUUCCAAUACCUCCAUCCAGCUCCACCCCAUGAACUCCAUUCCCAUCCCAUCCCUCCAUCCUUCAUCCCCAUCCCAUUCCAUCCUUCCAUCCCUCCACUCCUCCCAUCCCUCCAUCUCUCCUCCCCUCCAUCCUCAUCCCUCAAUCCUCCAUCCUUCCAUCCUUCCAUCCCCUCCAUCCCUCCAUCCCUUCCAUCCCUCCAUCCCUCCAUCCUUCCAUCCCUCCAUCCCUCCAUCCCUCCAUCCCUCCAUCCCUCCAUCCUUCCAUCCCUCCAUCCCUCCAUCCCUCCAUCCCUCCAUCCUUCCAUCCCUCCAUCCCUCCAUCCUUCCAUCCUUCCAUCCCUCCAUCCCUCCAUCCAGCUAGCCAGGCAGUGCACAGCCCACUCACCAGAGCCCAUGCACAGACCGACAGGGUCAUUUAAACAGAGGAGAGAGAGUACAGAGACUCAGUCUAUGGUGAUAUUGUUGAGUCAAGACCGACAGGGUCAUUUAAACAGAGGAGAGAGAGAACAGGGACUCAGUCUAUGGUGAUUUUGUUGAGUCAAGCAACUUACAGAGAAAACAGUGACAUAAGAUUUUUCAUGUGAGUUUUAAGAAAUCAUGCCACUUUUAUUUUUCUUGCAUCGUUUGAAAAAUAGUCAGAUUGGUCGUCUGAGUUCUUCUUUUAAUAAAUCAUGAUCUGUAAUCACACAAUGCUCAGUAAACAUACUGUAGAAUAUUGGUUGGGCUACCGUUGCAGCAUUCAUUAUACUGUUGGGAGCAUAAAUCAGUCUUUAUGUAACCAAAUAUUGUAUGGCUUUUCCAAUACCGAUAACAUCAGAGCCUAGCGAAUCACUGGCAAUAGGCGGAACAACACCCCUCCAUCCUCUGGGGAUCAUUCACACGUCACUUCACAGAACCCUCUAAUGGCGCUAUAACAUCUCCAACAUGUUCCCCAUGGGGAGGGGACGGGUGUAGAGGGAGGAUCUGUAACCCAUUCAUACUAGAGACAUGAACUGCAUCCCAAAUGGCACCCUAUUCCCUACAUAGUGCACUACUUUUGACCAGAGCUCUACAGUCACGGUACCAGUAACAGGGCCGUAAAGCUCCCAGCGACCGGGGGCCCGUUCAGCGGUGAAUGAUGGUCCUCUGACAACAGGCAGAGCCAAAAUGGUCGCCCAAAGGCCACCAGGUCGUAAAUCGACGCCUCACCUGCACAGAUGUCUGCAUUAAUUAGCCUAGCUUAACCUAGCCUCCAGGAUGCCGUGGGUUGAUUUAGAACAGGACCCAGAGACACUGCUGUGUACUGUACCCUGAUCUAGCUAAUGGAUGGGACAUAGAGUAGUGUGUGUGUGUGUUUGUGUGUGUGUGUGUGUGUGUGUGUGUGUGUGUGUGUGUGUGUGUGUGUGUGUGUGUGUGUGUGUGUGUGUGUGUGUGUGUGUGUGUGUGUGCGCGCCUGUGUACAUGCAUGUGUGCGUUAACCUUCAAAGCGCCAACAGGGGUAAAUGUUGACCCUUUUUUUAAAAAUCUUUCUGAAAGGACUUUGUCAAGCAACUAAUUGCUGACAAAAAAAAAAAAGCAUUUACCAUGAUUUCUGUGUUAAUAUGGAGGAAUGAAACAAUCUCUCUUUUGUAUACUAGUGGUGCAGUGAAGCUGUAAAUGCUGACUCAAUAGUGCACUUUGUGAUAAAAGCACCACAUUUGGUACAGAGGUAGAUGUAUGUACCCUGAAGAUAUAUAGAUGUGGAGCCACCCCAGAUUUAGCCCCUGGGGGGGGCGUGGCAGCACCUACAACUAAAAAAGAACACAUGUUAUUCAAAUGUAAAUACAUAUUUAGCUUCCAGUCAAUGUCUCUAUACCAAGUCAAACUUAAUUGGAACUGAGUUGAUAGCCCAUAGCGUUCCAAAGUAUGAGCUAGUGGUCUGAUGGCACCGUCCCCCAUAUCGGUGGCCAUCUUAGGUCGUACCGGGAUGUCGCCCAUAUCGGUGGCCAUCUUAGGUCGUACCGGGAUGUCGCCCAUAUCGGUGGCCAUCUUAGGUCGUACCGGGAUGUCGCCCAUAUCGGUGGCCAUCUUAGGUCGUACCGGGAUGUCGCCAAUUUCUCAGCCUCUUGAGUAUCACAGAAACACAACACUUUGAAUUAAUAGCAGACAAAUGUUCAUAACAUUUGGCGAUGGGGGAAAUUGAUCAGAAUAUCAACACAUACACAAACGUCUAUUUUGAAACUUCAAUUUAUGACUAUAAGUCUGUGAAAAGUUAAAAAUAUACGCUUCUUUUGGGGAAUUUAAACCAUUUACUUGUGCUACAAAAGGUUAAUCAAAUUAAAAGUGUUGCUGCUUGUCAUUACCAAUUUGGGUUCUAAAAUGACCCCAGUUGGUGCUUUUAGAUUUUAAAAGGCUUUUAAGAUGAUUGAGGGCAAUUCCACUAACAGAAUGAUGCUGAGAUUUUUCAAUUUAAAAUGUAUGUCAAACUAAAAUUGCAAAGUUAAACAAACCGUACAACUCUAUGCACAAGGACUACUUUUAACAAUUUCCACAGAAGAUUUUGACAAAAACACCUUUACUUGAACAGUGCAGAUGCAGAGUUUGGUAACAGAAUGACGGUUUGUGCUGUUGGUGCUGUCAUUCUGUUACCAAACUUUGCAUCUGCACUGUGUGAUGUCUGGGGCUGUUCUGUCACCUACUGACCUCAUAAAGAUCGGCCAUAGUGGGACACAGACACAGUAGAAUGGGAAACAGCACUUUACAUCGAUUUGCAUGUCAGUCAUGGUUGAGACUCCAUAUUCGUCUUAGUAGUACCUGUAGCAUGAUGUACUACAAUACCCAUAAUGCCCCAUAUACGGUACUGACUCACUCAUGAUGUACUACAAUACCCAUAAUGCCCCGGUAACAGUACUGACUCACUCAUGAUCUACUGCAAUACCCAUAAUGCCCCGGUAACAGUACUGACUCACUCAUUAUCUACUACGAUACCCAUAAUGCCCUGCAUACAGUACUGACUCAGACUGUUCCUGUCUCUGUGCUCCUUCAUACCUAUACAGGAGAACCCUUUCAGAAACCGCAUCGUGGAAGUCUUCUCUGAGGACGGACAAGGCAACUUGAGCUUCAACGACUUUGUAGACAUGUUCUCAGCUCUCUGUGAAACAGCUCCAAGAGAACUGAAGACCAUAUACGCUUUUAAAAUCUAUGGUUAGUACCGAGUAGACUAGUAUGUCUCCUAUGGAGUCACUGUCUGAGAGUGUGUUUAUUCUGUCUGUCUGUCUUUAGGUCUGUCUGUCUGAGUGUCUGUCUGUACUCAUAGCACCAGAGCCAUGAUGACAACUAGGAAUCUGACUCGUACUUACUCUGUUUUAUCUUGCUUACCUAGUUACUUAUUUAGUUACUUAUUUAGUUACUUGGUUAGUUACUUAUUUAGUUACUUGGUUAGUUACUUAUUUAGUUACUUGGUUAGUUACUUAUUUAGUUACUUAUUUAGUUACUUAUUUAGUUAGGCUUUUUGAAUUCCUUGUGGAACAAAGGCCAUCGGCAAACUGCUUCCAACCCAUUCUGUCCUGCGCCAAUCAAACCAUUUUUUAAUCUCUUAAUUUUCCUUUCACCCAUUGUUUUUAAUCUCUUCCUCUUCCUGUGUGUCAGAUUUCAACGUGGAUAACUUCCUGUGUAAGGAGGACCUGGAGAAGACGUUGAACCGGCUGACUAAAGGAGAGCUGACCCCUGAAGAGGUCAACCUGGUCUGUAGCAAGGCCAUGGAGGAGGCUGACCUGGACGGGGACAGCAAGCUCUCCUUCUCUGACUUUGAGAACAUGAUCUCCAAAGCUCCAGACUUUCUA